UUACCAAAAAUUGGUCCAUGUAGUGAGACAAUAAAAAGAUUACGAAUCAGUCAUUAGUGUAAUCUCCAGAUUUAUCUUUACUAUCAAAUAAAAUGUAAACAGAUAAGUUAAAUUAAAACAUGUCUGGUGGUGGCGGAAAUAGGAAAAAAGCCACCCGCUCGCAGGGAUGGGAAGAAGCUGGUUCCGAAUUUUACCAGGAAUCUUAUCCUAUAGAUGCUGAAAUAGAAGUGUUACAGCGAGAUCCCAAGCGACUGGCUACUCUCUUACCAAGUAAACAAACAAGAGCAGCUGCAGCCACUAUCAGAAUACGUACAAAUGACAGCCGAGCAAAUAAUAGAACAAUUCGGUGGCAUACCGCCACUAGAUCUCGCAGAGAAUCCACGGUUCACCGUAGAACUUCUACAGCGGGUGAUGUGCAAGUUUCGAUGUUGCCGGAUUUGUCGCAGAUGAGAUCGAAUGAGGAAACUGCUUGGGAAGAAAUCAUGCAGAUAAAGGCUAUGCCUAUACCGAUGUCGCAGAAAAAGGAAAUGAAGGCUAAAAUUCUGAAUGAACCUAAUUUGAGGCUCCAAGGAUACGAACAGUUCAAGUGGAAGAGACGGAAAAUGUGGGGCCAGUUCCAGUCUCGACUGAAGGAACACCUUCAGAAGAUCGAACUGUGGCGAGGGGCCCUGAAACACAUAGAAGGGAAUUACGGAACGGGAGUAGUUGCGUUUUUCCUCUUCCUCAAAUGGUUGUUCGUGUUAAACUUCCUUAUGUUUUUGCUUAUAUUCCUCUUCAUCCCGCUUCCGGCAAUACUCCUGGAUUGGGAAAAGGACACGAAUUGCACGGAAACCAACACCACCAGUUGUUGUUCCGAAAAAUAUUUUAAUUCGACUCUCACAGAAACUAACAUCAUCCUAGAUUUGGUCCAGGGGACGGGCAUGUUGGAACGCACCAUCUUAUUUUACGGUUUCUACAGCAGCUCGAUACUUUCCUACAUGGCAGGGAGUGUGGUCAUGUAUUACGAUCUUCCGUUGGCGUAUAUCCUCAUCACCAUCCUGUAUUUCGCCAUUUCUCUUUUGGCCGUCGUACGGUCCUCCGCUAAGGGGUUCAAGGAACGGCUAGUCGAAGGCGAAGGACAGUUCUACCAGUACUGCAACAUGGUGUUCGGCGGGUGGGACUUUUGUAUACACAACGACAAAUCCGCAAAAAUGAAGCACAAAGCUAUUUUCAGCGAGAUCAAGGCCACCCUCGAGACGGAAAAGCUGGAGGAGGAGCGGCAGAGCCGCACGAGGAACGAGUGGUACAGGAUAAUAUUUAGCAGAGUAAUUGUAAAUAUAAUCGUGCUGGGCAUCCUGGCGGGCUGUGGCGUUGGGAUAUUUUUAGUCUUCAACUACUCUAACGAACAAUUGCAGAAUUUCGCAACAAACACCACGUCGACGGCUACGGAGAGCUUCCAGCAGCUCCUUUUCGAGUUCUUACCAUCCAUAACGAUAGUGGGCUUGAACAUAAUAGUGCCGUUCCUCUUCAAAUUCCUCAUCAACUUCGAGAAGUACAGCCCCGUGUUCAAUAUAAGGUUCACGCUGAUACGGACGGUUUUCCUAAGACUGGCUUCCCUUAUAGUACUCUACGCUUCCUUACUUAGUCAAAUAUCGUGCGACAAAGAAGACGACGGCGUGUCGUGCACGAAUUGUGAUAACGUACCUGUUUGUUGGGAGACUUUCGUGGGUCAACAGAUAUACAAAUUGCUUUUAACUGAUUUCGGGACGCAUAUAGUCAUUACGUUUGUGAUUAAUUUCAUCCGAUCUCUCCUGGCGAGCCAUCUGAAUAACAAGUUCUGUGUAUUUAUAGGGGAACAAACGUUCGACUUGCCCAAGCACGCCCUGGACAUCGUAUAUACGCAGACGCUGUGCUGGUUCGGUAUGUUUUACGCGCCCCUGAUAUCCUUCAUGGCUUUCGCUAUUUUUUUACUGUUGUUCUACAUCAAGAAAUUCGCAUGUCUAGUCAAUUGCAAACCCAGCCCCGUCAUAUACCGAGCCUCCAGAUCAAAUUCCAUGUUUAUGGUCGUUUUGUUGGUCUCCUACGUGUUUGCCGUUCUACCGAUCGCUUUUUCCGUUUCGGAAUUAACCCCCUCGAAAUCGUGCGGACCCUUCCAGAACAAAGAAUCGGUGUGGUCGUUGAUCGUUGAGACGUUCAUGAAAGCGCCUCUGUGGGUCCAAAAUAUUAUUUUCUUUCUGAGCACCGCCGGUUUCGCGAUACCCAUAUUCAUCAUCCUGCUGCUUCUUUUGUAUUAUUACACCGCGGUUAAUUCCGCGAACCGACACAUGGUGGUGGUGCUGAAGAAUCAGCUCGUGUUGGAGGGACACGACAAGCAGUUCUUGCUGGACAGGCUCAGUUUGUUUAUCAAGCAGGAGAGUCAGAAGAGGCAAAGGGCGGAACAGGUGCGGGAGGCGGGAGACAGGAAUCCGUAGACUCGUUUGGAAUAAAUAACGGGACGUUAUUUAAUUUAAGCUUUAAAAGUAGAAUUCAUAUCCCCAACAUUAUCAUUUUUUUUUAAUUACAGUGCGACGCCGAACGUUAGCAGGAAAUUUAUGAUUUAUACGUUGUUAACGGUAAGCUACUUUUAUCUUAUAUCUUUUAAUGGCUGUAAAUAAUGUAAGAAUCUUUAUAACACAGUAUUAUAAGGAUCAAAUUAUUUCUUAUAAAGAAACUUUUAUUUUUUAGAUAUAUUUUUGCCGGUAGGGACAUUGAAAGAGACUAAACACUUUUCCCAUAGUAAAUAUUACACAUUUUUCAUUUUCAUAUAGACUGAUUCAAUUAUUGAAAUUAGACACGUUUAUAGUAAUUAAAGAAGUUUGACAUUAUCCUGCAAAUUCUUUCAAUUCUCGGCAGCCGAAUUAAUAAAUUCAUUAAAAGACAUUUAAAGUCGCACGCAUAGAAGAAAUCGACUCUUACAGCUGCCAUACUGGGUAUUUUUAUUACAUGACAAAUUCAGUGUGUGUAGUACUUCGACGUCUGUGGUUGUUAAUGAAUAAUUUCGGUUAUUUUCGCAAAAAUAUGUUCCCGAGUUAUUAUUUUGCUAUUUUGAGAUACAUCGAGAUAUAAUGCUAUAGGGCGUUGUGAAUAUACACUACUACAAUGCAUUAGAACAAUUUAAAAAAAUCAACAUCAACACAAAACAAAUUCUAACAACAUUUAACGUUGAAGGUACCAAGGGUGUUAUAGGAUAAUAACACAAGUUGAUAACACUCUAGAUACCUUAUUCAGAAAUAGUUUUUCAACUUCUUAGUGUCUUUGCACGCAAAAUGUCAAACUCUAGCAAUUAUUAACAUUAUAGACUGAAAGGGUAGUGUUUCAAACUACGUAUAUUUUUAAGGAAAUAAGUUUAUAUGAAGGUGAUGAUAGUACACAAAACCUAAGAUUCUGCAUUUAGAUUUAGAGAUAUCUUUCUUUAACGUUUUCAUCGUCAAAUUGCUACAGGCCACAUUCCGAAUAAAAACAUACAAUGUGUUCUCUUUCGUAUAUACAUAUCUAGCUCGUAAAAAGUCCCUAUUGAUGAUUGAUAUUUUUUUUGUAAACUUAAGGUUCUACUUUCAAAUAACUAAAUAUGAAAUAUUUACUAUUUGUAAUAUUUAUAAUAUACAUCACUAUUUAUUUUUCAUGGUUUUCGGGGAAAAAUAGCCACCUCAAAUAGAAAUCAAAUGAUGUGUGGUUUAUUUGAAGUAGCUAAUUUUAAUCGGUGGACCUUGUACACAUAUAGAAUUUAACUAUAGGAAAUAUUUGCCAAAAAUUAUUUUAAUUUUUCUCAACAAAACGUUCUACUACAAGCAGUAAAAGUUAUUCGAAUGUUCCCGAGUAACUGUUUGCAGUAAUAAGCCCAAGAAAUGUAUUAUUGUGAUUUUAUUUUGCCAUAUCGAAACAAUCUUUCUGUUAGUCAUUUUACCAUUGUAGAAUAUGUUUAUGUAUACGUGGAAAUAUGUUAUAGUACGAUAAAUUUUAUUGUAUUAUAAGUUUUAUAAAGGUUUGAUACAUUUUCUCAUCUAGUCAUAAUUUAUUUAUAUAAAUAUAUAAUUAAAAAAAUCAUA